AUGGCCACGCACCCCGUCUGGUCGACGUGGGCCCGCCACAAGAAGGACAUCGACGACGCGACGGUGAGGCAGAUCGCCGCAGACAUCAUCGCCCACGGCUUCAACGAGAGCCAGCUUCAGGUGGACGACUACUGGGAGAGCUGCUACGGCAGUCUCACCUUCGACACCGACAAGUUCCCCGACGUGAAGACGAUGGUCGACGACCUCCACAAGCUGGGCUACAGAGUCACCCUGUGGGUGCACCCGUUUGUGAACCAGGACUGCGAGCCCUACUACUCGCAGGCACUGGCCAGCGGAUACUUCGUCACCAGCUCCAACGGCACGGUCGACACCCAGUGGUGGAGAGGUGUGGGCGGCGUCAUCGACUUCACCAACUCCGAGGCAGCAGCCUGGUGGGCGUGCAGAGUCUGGGCACUGCACAAGGCGACCGGUAUCGACUCGUUCAAGUUCGACGCCGGAGAGACCAGCUGGCUGCCGUACGAGUCGACCAUCGAGCCCCUCGAGCUGAACCCGGUGCGCUUCACCGACGACUACGUGAAGACGGUGUCCCAGUUCGGCCCCCUGAUCGAGGUGCGCUCCAGCGUGCGCAGCCAGCAGCAGCCCGUCUUCUUCCGCAUGUUCGACAAGCACAGCAGCUGGAGCGCCCAGAACGGCCUGCGCACGCUGAUCCCCUCGCUGCUGCACAUGAACGUGGUCGGCCACCCGUUCGUGCUGCCCGACAUGAUAGGCGGCAACGUCAACAGCGGCAAAGGGCCCGACAAGGAGCUCUACAUCCGCUGGCUGGAGGCCACCGUCUUCAUGCCGGCGCUGCAGAUGUCCAUCGCGCCGUGGGACUUCGACGACGAGACGGUUGAGAUCGCCCGCAACAUGACGUCGCUGCACGUGCAGUACGCGCCGCGCAUCGUGGAGCUGAUGAAGCAGACGGUGCAGGACGGCAGCCCCGUCAACCUGCCUAUCUGGUGGCUCGACCCCACCGACGAAACGGCGCUCACCGCCGACUCAGAGUUCCUUCUGGGAGAGGAUAUCCUUGUGGCGCCGGUGGUGACCCACAGCACAACUGCACGUGACAUCUACCUGCCCAAGGGCAACUGGAGGGACGAGGUGGACCCAGCUCACCCCAUUAUAGAAGGCCCCACCUGGCUCCGCAAAUACCCUGCACCGCUCAACACUCUGCCCUACUUCACCAGAGUCAGCUCUUCAUAA